AUGAAACGCGAGAUACAGAAAAAAAAUAAAGAUAAAAUACCGAUUGCGGUAGUGAAUGGACGGGGGCUUGUGUUUGAUGUGCGGGACGUGGCCCGACUGAGAGCACAGUAUCACAUAUGUGGAACACUGACCGGUGUGCUACCACAGUUCCCGCAGCAAAACGUGUUUAUGGGCUUGCCAUUGGAGUUGAUGCCUGAAGAGGUCAAGUACUUAGUGGAAGAAGUAGAUGGUGCGUAUCUUGUUGAUGAUGGGCGAGUGCAUGAUCUGGCUCUGUGGACGUUUGACGAGAGAGAUGAGCAAGUACUUCAAGAGAAGGAGAAUGUUUUAAGAAGAGAGCAGGUAUGGGCCCAUACAGUUCAGAGUAUCAAGAACCGUCGAGAAGCGUUAAGGAAGCGAGGGAUUACUCAAAAUGCAGAUGAAUCUUUGGUAAUGUACCGGGACAUGGCUUUGACGGCAGAAGAGGUCAAAAUUGUGGAAAAAAUGGAGGCAGCUGGAGAAGCAGCUGGGGCUUCUGGGGUACAGUUUCAUGCGAUUGCGACGGCUACUAACGAGAGGCCGGAACAGCUGCCUGCGUACAAGAUGUACCGGUCCAUGUACGGGACACGAGAGCGUUACGACCGAGAGCGAGCAGUGCGCCAAGCUGCACGGAAGGCUUCGAGGGAAGCUGCGCGCGAGGCGGCCAGUAUAGCGAGGGACCAGGAUGAAAAGGAGGAGGAAGGUGAAACUGAAGUAAAGGAGGUCUCUGAAACCGGGGUUAAAGGGUCAUCUGAAGGGGUUAAUUUGAAAGAGGAAAAUAAUAAUGAGGAUAAAGAUGACGGUAAGGAUGAUAGUGAGGAUGAUAGUGAAGACGAAAGUCUUUGUGGGGAUGUUGUUAAAGCUACAAUGGACUCCCCGCAUGUGAUGGAACCUGAUCCUGCAGCUUAUGCCAUCUACAAGUAUUUCCAGCAACAGGUUCCAUAUGGGAAUAGCGAAACCCCUUCUCCUGGUGAAAGCGUCGGGUACUACUUGUCGCCAGGUUUACGGUUUGGCGGGCAGUUUGUUGCGUAUCCUGGAGAUCCACUGCGGUAUCAUUCACAUCAUAUUGUGACUGGAGUUGGGUAUGAUGAAAAGUUCAAAAUCAUGGACAUUAUAGGAGGUGGUCGUCUAGGAACAGCAGUAAAGAAGACAUGGUUUAUUGGUGGUCUUGAUGAAUGUGAGCCAGUAGUUUCUGAUGAUGAUCUAAAGGAAACCGAGUUAAGCACCGAAGACCAAACCACUACGACGAUGGCCAACAAGUCCCGAGCUCCGCCACCAACGUUCCAUGGGUUCAGUGUUGAGUGGGCUGCAUUUGGUUGA